AUGCUGGGACCUAGUAUAACCAGAGGUCCUCGCGCCACGGCCGCUGAGCGCGCCGUGGCGCGUCCGCGCGCGUUUUCAGCUGCAGCACGCACGUUGGUGCGGGCGCGCUCCAUUCCGGUGCCCGCUUCUGACAUCAUUGCCGCUGAGGACAGCGCGAAGCUGGAGAGCCUGCGCCAGAAAUUCGCCAUGGCCGACAUCGACGGAAACGGGGAGAUCGAUAAGCGGGAGCUGCGGGCGCUGCUGGAGAGCGUGGAGGGCGGCCUUACGUACCUUAUGGCAUGGAGGCGAAAGCCCAAGCGCAUGACCAACAGCGGCGGCGAUCACCGCCGCUGGUCUUGGCUCGGGGCUCGGGGCCGCGCGGGCACGGCGUCUGCGGCGGUGGGCUUCGGCCGUGCGGCCGCGCUGGCUGAGGGCAUGAUGCCAGAGGCCAAGCUCGACGCCAUCUUCGAAAAGUACGACAAGGACAAGAGCGAUGCGGAAGUGGUUUCUGGACGGUGA